GGGUGACCUCACCUUCAACAUGGCGGCGGCGGUAGAUUAGGGCCGGCGCUCGGGGAACCCGUGGGAAGCGCCCGCUGCCGCCGCCGCCGCCGCGUGCUUCGUUCCCGUGGGUUACGGCCGGCUCAGGUUUUGUACAACUUUAAAUACACUUCUUGGAAGCUCUGCCAACCAGUUCAAUGGCGUCUUCUACUACUGUGCCUCUAGGAUUUCACUAUGAAACAAAAUAUGUUGUUCUCAGCUACUUGGGACUGCUCUCUCAGGAGAAUCUGCAAGCAUGUCAUGGUCCUUCACCCCAAGGUGGUCAACUAGAUACAGCUUCACAGUCACUGGAUCCAGAAGUUUUAUUAAAAGUUAAAUCUGAAAUUGAAGAGGAACUAAAAUUCUUGGACAAAGAAAUCUCUGAAGCCUUUACGAGCACAGGCUUUGACCGUCAUACCUCUCCAGUGUUCAGUCCUGCUAACCCCGAAAGCUCAAUAGAAGACUGCUUGGCCCAUCUCGGAGAAAGAGUGUCCCAGGAACUGAAAGAGCCUCUGCAAAAAGCAUUGCAAGUGCUCCUCGGCCAGCCAGUGACAUAUCAGGCAUAUCGUGAGUGCACAGCGGAGACCGCAGCUCGUGCCAGUGGAUGGAACAAGAUUGUGGUGCCUCUGGUUUUACUGCAACGAAUGCUUCUGGAGUUGACGAGACGUGGGCAAGAGCCUUUGAGUGCGCUGCUGCAGUUUGGUGUGACGUAUCUGGAGGACUAUGCAGCAGAGUACAUCAUUCAGCAAGGUGGCUGGGGCACCGUCUUUAAUCUUGAGUCAGAGGAGGAAGAAUGCCCCGGAAUCAUUGCAGAAGAUAGCAAUGACAUUUAUAUCCUGCCUAGUGACAACUCUGGACAAGUCAGUCCCCCAGAGUCUCCAACUGUGACAACUUCUUGGCAGUCCGAAAGUCUGCCUGUCUCACUGUCUGCUAGCCAGAGUUGGCACACAGAAAGCCUCCCAGUGUCCCUCGGUCCUGAGUCCUGGCAGCAGAUUGCAAUGGAUCCAGAAGAAGUCAAAAGCUUAGACAGCAAUGGAGCAGGAGAGAAGAGUGAGAACAACUCUUCUAACUCUGACAUUGUGCACGUGGAGAAGGAAGAGAUCCCGGAGGGUGCCGAGGAGGCCCUGCAGCCCGGGGAGCCGCAGGAGGCGCUCCCUGGAGCCCCUGCUCCCUUGCUUGCACAGGGCUCUGCCACGUCUUUGCUGGAGCCCAGGGAACCUGCUGCAGGGAUGAUUUCCCUUGAGGAAGCCAGUGCCACUCCCUCUGUGCUUGUGGAGCGUGGUGUGGAAGAGUCACCGGCAGCCCCAGUGGGGCGUGCUGCCGUGGAGGGCGUGAGCCACACUGCCCUGCGGAGUGCGGAGGAGGCCCUGGGCAGGAAGGAGAGCCUCGCUGCGGAGGCCGCCCCUGCUGCAGGAUCCAAGGCCGCGCUGCCUGUUGAGGGCAAGGCAGUACUGCUGUUUGGAGGGGCUGCGGCUGUGGCCAUCCUGGCAGUGGCAGUCGGGGUGGCUCUCGCACUUAGAAAGAAGUAGAUGCUUUUAGAAGAAAAAGAAGACAAAAUGGAUCUAAGGCUUUCAUUGUACUAGCUGGAAUUUGAGCUGUCCGCAGCUAACUGGAAAUUGUGGGACAUUGGGAAGCUUCCUGUUCAGCAUGGCAAUGGCAUGACCCACCAGUAGGGCUUGAGAUAGAGGGUCUGACUCACUGUGCAUUCCAAGGAUCUUGGUUCAUACUAGAUUGGGAAUGGUAAGAGAAAAAUUUCCCCAUCUAGAACAAGGAUUAUCAACUCAGCACUGGACAUUUCAGUAAUUCCCUGUAGGAGACUCUUGUGACUUAUGCAGUGGUCAGCAACACCCUUUGACCUGCACCCACUAGAUGCCAGUAGCACCCUACUCCCAGUGAAGAUAGCCAAAAAUGUCUCCAACAUUGCCAAAUGUCCCUGUGGGCAAAAUUGUCCCCUGUUGAGGCCACUGCUGUAAGAGAGUUCACCUCGUUGCAUCUUGGGGAGGAUCCACAGUGCAGUCUGCAAGUGGUCAUCUCCUGGCUCCCCACCCCGUGGUGUGGUGCCGCCCUGCCCUGCCCCCCUCGGCCCUCUCCCGCCCUGCAGCGCUCUCCCGGCUCUCCAGUCGCACUUCACCGCCGCCGACCAGCCCGCCCUGGACUUCUUCAUGUCCACCUUGCGCAGAUGCUGCCUUUAGGAACUUUGGAAAGAUGCAUACAUGGGUGGAGCAUAGUGGUGCCCACCUAUAAUCCCUGCACUCUGGAAUGGAGGCAGGAGGAUUGCCACAAGUCUGAGGUCAGCCUGGUCUCCAUAGAGAGUUUCAGGCAGCCAGAGUUAGACCAUGUUCCUUCCCUUGCCCCCCAAAACAGUGACUACAAGAGACUUAGGGUUUCCUAAGCAGGCUACUACUGCAGUCAUUUAUCUUAAAGAGUUUAGAAGUGAGAGGAUGGCUUACGUGACCCAUCCAAGCCUCUUCAGGCUCUUGUCAGUGUCUACCCAUUUGUUUAGGAUGACUUGCCAGUGGCACCUCUGGUCACAUGUUCGCACUUGUCUAUAUAUAAGCCGGGUUAGUGUAUUUUUCCGGUAUCUGGCCUCCGUUUUCAGAGAGGUCAGUCACUUCUCUAGCCAUGGGUUUAUGGAAACUGUCUGAUCAUCACCCUUAUUAAAUGAAUACUGUUGACUAUCUUUUCAUUGAAUCCUAAGUAUCACUGAAAUCAAAAGUGGAAAAAAGAAGCUUGAAUUUCAAGACUGAAGCUGCUGAUGAGGUUCUGGUUUGCCCUUCAGCGUUCAAGAGCAGAGACUGAGCUCUUCUCAGAGCAGAUGCCAUGUGACAAGCCAGCAUGACUGGAUCCAGUUCGCAGCCAGUGGAGACUCAGCAGAACUUUGGCCUGGUGGAUCCCAACCCUUGAAAGUGUUGGAACAUGCCACCCUGCAAGGCACACGUGCUGGAUAAGAAGUCAUCUCAGAUUUAUCUUAACGUGUACUACUACUGAUUAGGUCCUGAAGUUUAUAAUAAAAAUACUUUUAACUACCCUGA